AUGGGACGACAGGCUUAUUUGAACCGGCUCGCUUUGGGCCGGUCGCCAUAUGAAGCGCCUGAUAGCGGGAUAGUGGCUACCUCAAACACUUGCCAACAGAUAUCCACCGCGCACGCAGACAGUUACGUGCAACAAUAUGAUGCUCGUGGCCACCCUAUUAACCCCGAGUCCAGAGCUCUUGGGAAAGAGCUACGAAGAGCAAAAAAUGACAUUCUUUCAACAAUGGGGAUUGUCGUCAGCAGAGAAGAUCGAAAUUCCGGUUCACCCAGUGAACUGCAAAAGAUUAACCAGAUUGCGAGUGAGAACGACUUUGGAUUGGUAAUAACGACCCUUGACCAAUUGUUCAUUUUCUUCGGUACCUGGUGGACUUCAUCACUCACUGGUCGUGUCCAGACUUACAAGCACUAUACACAUUCUGCGUUAAUUAAUGUCAUUCAGUCUGAAAGAGACUCCGCAGGCAUUUUCAAUUUCUAUUUCGCAGGUAUUCCAGCAUGGGCAAUGUCAAGUGGAUUGGCUAUUGCUCGUGAAACUCCGUUGAAACGUGUUUUCGUCUCUCUUCGAGACUACACUCUGUCUUUGACUGGCGAAUUACUUGGAGUCCGUUCUCUCUUCGGGUUGAUUUAUACAGUAGCGAGAAACUAUGUACUUAUGCUGUCUUUGGAGUUCUAUAUGUACUCUACACUCCAGUCACUGUGCCUUGUAUCUCCCUAUUCCAUCCCCAGUGCCAGUCUUCUGCUUCCCUUUGGUGAACAGUCUCUGUUGCGACUGCCACAACUUCCCACCGAUCUUUCCCCUCACUCGCUGGCCACAUCGUUUGUGGGUCUUUUGACUUCUCCCGGUGCCCUAGUUUUCCUUUACGGCUACUACUUGAGACCUCAGCUUGAAGAGCGUAUCUAUCGGUUGAUCCGACGACGCCUUCCAAAGUCAAACGUUCCGGAUGAGCUUUCUGUUCGGGUGGCUUUUGAAGAAAAUCUGAUAGAGUGGGUGGUGCCCACACUUGGGCGCAGGUCGGAUGAAGAAUUGCAUCGAUCUAAGCUCACGCUGAUUGAAGAUAUCAAAUGUGAGAUAGGGGUUUUCCGAAGAUGGAUCUUCUCAUUCUUUGGACUUAUAUCGAGCAACUCCGCAAACCAGCAAGCUCUCCAGUCUUUUAGAGACGAAAGGAUCGAACGGAUGCGGCGGACUUCAAGAGAACAAGACAGGGAAAGGAUGGAAAGGAUUGAAUCCAUGUUGAAUUCCAUCGAGAUGUUACAACAUGAACCUGACGGAGCAGAACUCAAUAUUGUCCGCACAGAGGAACCAAGUGGCCCCUCGCCUAGUCCGCCGGGGAUCACCCUGGAGGCCCAAAAUGCCCCGGUUGCGCCAUUGCCGCCGCCACAGGAGAGAAAUAGGCCCACAAACUUGGAAGACAUGAACCAGGAGGUGCUGCAUCAAGUGCUUACAAAUGAGAAUCGCAUGUCUCAAUCGCCGGGGGAAAUGAGCAAUGAUUACUUCUCUGAACUAACAACUGUUGGACGAACAAGUGGUCUUUCAACUACCUCAAACCCACAGGGUCAAACAAGUGAAUCGCAAAAUGGUGAGACUUUUGCCAUGGACCGACAAAACUCACGAUCUAAUACACUCUUCUCUCGCCCAUCUUCACCAGAAACAUCUCCACCUACUUCACCGCGCGUCAGAGCAUCAUUGAUCCACCAAAAUUCUGACAUUAUUACGAUGCAACUUGAGUUGCUGGGUAACCGUAAUCGUAAUCUGCAGACACCAGCCUCAAAUCUUGCUCAGCUAAAUGCUUUAGCCGGCAAUGAUUCGACGGGCUCAAAUCGGAUCCCAGAUGCCAUGGACAGAAGAUCCAUAGCUGAGUUUCUCGAGGCUUUGAUCUUGAGUCAAGCACAGCGUCAGGUACUCAACCCACCCCCGGCGGCGGAUGCUGACGGUCUCUCCAACAUCACGGCCGGGGCUUCCAAUCCAACGCCCCACGACGUGGGUGUCCCUGGGCCAGGGCCUGAAAACAUGACCCAAGACACUCAACCCGUUGAGUCGCCGCCCUUCGAAUCCAUCGAAGAGGCCCUAGAGGCGAUCACCCCGAACGUUCUUCCAGAUGGUGUGGAAGAGCCAAACGACGAUGAAUCAUCCAACGACCCAAUUCCGGCCGCAUUCGCAGAUAAUAAUGAUGACGCCCAGUCUGACACCCUUGUCCAGCCAAUUCUGCCUUCUUCUCUCAUGCCUGGACAAUCGACAAACCCUCCAGCACAAUCUCACCGGGUUACCCUUCUUUCGGCCUACCCAGUGGAUGCACUCGCAUCCCAUCUCGCGGCUGCCCUCAGUGGCAUCAUACUCGCGCCCCUUGAAGCACUUUACCUCCGUUCCUUGAGUCAGUCUUGGUUAAUCAGACACCCUUCUUCUACAACUCGUCUCUCGGAUCUUCAUCCUCUAGGUCUUUGGUUCGGAGGCAGUACAUGGUCCGACAUUGGUGUAUAUACUGGUCGGAUGGUGCUCAUGAGAGGAAUGCAAAUUGCAAUGAGGGCGGGAAUUUGGGGAUUCCUGGUUGGAUCGACUAUGAGAAUUGGGAGGAAUUUCUGCGGUUGGGGGAAAUUGUGA